AUGAUCGAUUAUCUUAGAAGAGAAGAGUAUAUUGAACCUGGAUGUAAGUUUAAAUUAUAGUUAGCCGAUAAAAUUAUUAUAGGGAAUAGAAUACAUAGGAAGAUAUUUGAGAAAAUUAAGAUGCAUCCAUUAGAAUAACAAUGUUUAAAAAAUUUUAAACUAAUUUUAUCUUAAAUGCCUCCCUUGCGUUUACCAAAAUAGUAAAUAAUUAUAUUUAAUAUUAUACUAGUUGGCAGGAUUCUGACUAUUUAAGGGUUUUGGCUUUCCAUGAUUAUGAUAUUGUUAAAUCUGCCUAGGUUGAAAAAUUAGAUUAUAUGUUAGGGAUUAGUAGUACAUCUAAGUUGGAUACAUAAAAUUGAUUUAUCAAUUAGACCAAAUGAAUUACUUGUAAAUCUCAUUUACAUUAAAUAGCUUAAUGGAGUUUUGUACGUAAAUGGAUUUGAUAGAGUCUUUAGACCAGUAAUAAUUAUUAAUUUACAAAAAGCAUUAGAAGUAUUAUUAAUAAUAAUAAAUACUUAGUACACUCUCCCUUUAUUUUAAUAAGCUUUUGACUUUCUCCUUUGCUUAAUAAUUAGAGAUGUUUUAAUUUCUUAUUAUAUUGAAUCAGUUGUAAUUAUAAUUGAUAUUAAUACUCAUCCUCAUAAAAUUUCAAAGAGUUUUUCAGCAGAAUUAUUGAAUUAUAUUAAAAGUUGUCAGCUUAACUUUUAUGGAAGAAUACAUAAAGUAUUUAUUUUACACGAGAUCAAUUAAGAAAUAUUUUAUCCUUUGUUAAAAAUAUUAAAGCCUGAGUUUGAAGAGAAAAUGAUAAUUUUAGAAAAGAUAAAUAUCAUUUAAUUAUAAAAAUAGAUAGAUCCAAAAUAUCUAGAAUAAAAAUUUCUAGGAUAUUCUCAAAAUUUAUAUAAUAAUUUUUGGUAAUUCAUUAAUUAAUUUUUAGGCCACCAAAAAAUCCAACAAAAAGAGUAGAAAAUAAUUUCUUAUAAAUUUAAAUUGAUGAUAAUCAAUCUAAAUCUAAUCAUAUUUUAUCUAUAUAUAAAAAUGAGAGCAUUUAAAGCAGUUAAUUUACACUGUAAGUUUAAAAUGAAGAAAAUGAAAUUAUCUUUUCUGAAAUUCAUCAAAUUUUAAAUGAUGAGUCAUUUCAAGGUUUUCCUGAAUAUGUAAGUAUAUGUAUAAAUUAGUGUCCUGAUUCAAUUUUAUUUGCUGAAAAUUCAGUAUAAAUUUCAAUGGAGUGUGUUUUGUAAGAGCUUACUAAUUCACAAUUUUCAGAAGUAAAAGGAUUUAAUAAUAUUUAAAAUGAUUAUGAUAGCUAAAGGUAUAUAGAAUAACAUGUAAAUACAGAAUAAUAAACUUGUAAAGUAAAUAUUAAACCUAGUUGUAAUUGUUUAAUAAUGUGA